UUUUCUCAGUGUGUUUUUUUCCUUCUUCUCAAGGACAAGUCAGGCUUGUUCUGCUUGCUUCUUCAGUACCAAUUUAAACUUUUUUUUCCGGCUUUGCCAUUUCCGGUUCACUUUCUCUCUCGGCUUGAGUGGCGGUCACUCUCACCUGGGAGAACACCUGUGUGAAUACUUUUUUCCUUUGCCAUCGACAUGCUGAAUUUAUAAUGACAGUGCAAAAUGGAUGAGUUUCACCCCUUCAUUGAAGCCCUGUUGCCCCAUGUGCGGGCCUUCUCCUAUACCUGGUUCAACUUGCAGGCACGCAAGCGCAAGUACUUCAAGAAGCAUGAGAAGAGGAUGACGAAGGAUGAGGAGUGCGCGGUGAAGGAUGAGCUGUUGGGUGAAAAGCCCGAGAUUAAGCAAAAGUGGGCGUCACGGCUCCUGGCCAAGUUGCGCAAGGACAUCCGGCCUGAGUUCCGCGAGGACUUUGUACUGACCAUCACUGGGAAGAAGCCACCCUGCUGCGUGCUGUCCAACCCUGACCAGAAGGGCAAGAUCCGCCGCAUCGACUGCCUGAGGCAGGCCGACAAGGUGUGGCGCCUGGACCUGGUGAUGGUCAUCCUCUUCAAGGGCAGCCCGCUGGAGAGCACAGACGGUGAGCGGUUGGUUAAGUCGUCCCAGUGCUCCAACCACGGCCUGUGUGUCCAGCCACACCACAUCGGCGUCUCUGUCAAGGAGCUUGACCUCUAUCUGGCUUACUUCGUCCACACUCCAGAAUCUGGACAAUCAGACAAUUCCAACCAGCAAGGAGAUGCCGACAUCAAGCCACCACCAAAUGGACACUUGAGUUUCCAGGACUGCUUUGUGACUUCAGGAGUGUGGAAUGUCACUGAGCUCAUCCAUGUGUCACAGACUCCGGUUGCCACGGCAUCUGGGCCCAGCUUUUCUCUGGCAGACCUGGAAAGUCCUGGCUACUACAACAUCAACCAGGUGACCUUGGGGCGACGCUCCAUUACUUCCACCCCCUCCACCAGGUAUGAAAUGGAGCUCUAUGCCAGCCUUCCUCGGAGCUCCAACAAACGGAAGUCCAUUGAUGACAGUGAGAUGGAGAGCCCCGUGGAUGAUGUCUUCUACUCUGGACGCUCACCUGCUGCCAGCAGCUCCCAGUCCAGUGGAUGGCCCAACGAUGUGGACACAGGACUGUCCUCGCCUGGUUCUCUUAAGAAGUCGGGAAAGUUCGAUUUCAGCACGCUGCCCCCACAGAUGAGGUCACCCCGCAUCGCGUUCACCCAUCACUCGCUGCCAAUGCUGGCGGGCGUGAGAGCAGGGAGCCCUCAUGCCACUGCCCCAGCCCUGCACUUCCCAUCCCCCUCCAUCAUCCAGCAGUCCAGCCCCUACUUCACACACCCCACCAUCCGCUAUCACCACCAUCCUGGACAAGAUCCCCUCAAGGAGUUUGUACAGUUUGUCUGCUCCGAUGGUUCUGGGCACGCCAGCGCACAGCCCAACGGGAGCAGCCAGAGCAAAAUGCCGGGCUCCUUCUUGCUGCCUCCACCUCCCCCAGUGGCCUGUCCGGUACCCCUCCCCAUGCCCGACUUUAAACCCUGCAGCACACCCCCAGACGGCGGACUCAGCUCGCCCACAUCUCCGUCAUACUCCUCGCCAGCCUCCACAGCUCCCCACAGGUUUGUCAGCAUCGGAUCACGGGACAACUUUCUGAACAUCCCCCAGCAGACACAGUCAUGGUUCCUCUGACAAGACCUGUCUGAAACAAGAAAGUAGAAUUCUUUGAUUGAAAUUGGGAAUUUUAAAGCAUGAAGAAAACAAACUUCCAGGAAACUGCCCUCCAGCUCCACUAACUUGGAUAAAAAAACAGGAAAUCUCAGCACAAUAUAUGAUCUUUUCAAAGAAGCUGAGCUCUAUAAACCCCUAGAGCCACAGAAGAACACUCAUUUUGAGAACAUUGUGUGAUUCAGAGGAGGAUGAGGAAGACAGAGGAAUCACCUCUUACAGAACGUAGCAGAAAACCCAAGGAAAAUAACCUUACUUUUUUUUUGGAAUGACGCAUUGUGCAAUGGCUGAGAAAUCUAUCUAUUGGUGCAACAGGAAAAAAUCAUUACUUAGCUUUUAACAUUAAAUUGCAGUAAUGUAUGGAAUUACAAAUCUUAGACAUGUUAACACACCGUCUUUCAGUAAGUCCAUUAUUGACACAUCACACAGUACUUUCUGACUUUGAACAUUAUGAGUAAAGAAUCCAUUGCUUGCAAUUCUCCCAAGCACAUUUGGUUGAAGUGAAUUUUAUGUACAUGUAAUGUACACAUCCAUUUUCACUCCAUUCACAAUCUCUGUAUGAUCAUGCUGUCAUGUAACAGAUGCAAUAUUGAUUGGUCUCUGUGUAUCUCUACAGAGAUGAUUUGUCAAAUUUGGUUCACACUGCCAUAAAAAGAUAGGCUGACAUUUUUAUAACAAGGCUCCUACAUAUGAAUUACAUACACCUUCAGAAGCAUAUCAUAUCAUAAAUACAAAUUAUUAUUACAACUGUCAUAGUCUGACAUGGUAUGUGCUAUGUCAGCAUCAUGCCAUUAUCCAUGUCAUGUGACAUUACCAUAACUUACCAAAUCGCAAUGUUAUGGUAAUAUCACUUCAGUAUCACUUCAAUAUCAAUAUCACAUCAGUACACUGACAGGACGCCCCAAGACAAUUUACGCCAGUUGAAUGAAGCAUUUUAUUUACAUAAUACUGUUUUUUUUCUUCACUUACAAGGAUGUUAAUGCCAUUCUCAUGUAGGAUUCUUCUUUCCCAUCUUGACCCAAUUUAUAGUCAGUGACUAAGUCAUAUGACGAAGGAUUUGUACAAAAAUCCAACAGGCACAACCUCAGUGUUUCUGUAUGUGUAGCCAUGGCACACUAUACAAACUGUGUGUAUGUGAAGGAAAUCCCUCUGUCCUUCUGUCCUGGAUGCCACACAGUCCCACCCAACCCCAGGCAUCAGCAGCCUCACACACCUGAUUAUUUUCAAUUUUGUUUCUUCUGCACCUUCACUGACAAAUUGUGUUUUCGUUUAUCUUUGUUGUUAUUUGGGUUCAUUUGGUUCACUUCCCUUUCGAUUUAGUUUCCUUUAGUUUCACAGGAUGGCAUCUUUCUCAAAAUCCACAAAAAAAUGCAUGCCUUUAGUUUUUCAACUCACCAUAGAGACUUUCAUCUUAGAUUCUUCCCAUAAGCGAAAGGGUUCUUGCAGCACCCCCUAGGAGUGCCUGUGAGGGGAGAAAAGCACACAGCUGUGAGGUGUAGGCUAUUGGCUCCAGGAUAGUUGGUUGAGGCUGUGACCACAGAGUUAAUUUGUUAAGAAUUUGCUGAGAUCCUGACAGACCAUUGAGGCUCAUAAGACUAUGUUGCAAUUCUCUCCCUCCUCCCUGGAGUUCUAAUGUUUACAUUUCCACAUGUCCUCGUUCCAAUAACCAGGGGCCUUAUUGUUUUGGAGCAAAGAUCUUGUGUUUUUUGGCAGUAUUUGGGAGGAGGGCCCCCAGGAGAGUUAGGACAAGUAGUCUUUAGGUGGUCUGGCAAUACACACAACUAACACAGCCCACCAGCCAACCCACCCCACACACCCAGCUACCCCCUCGCUGCAGUUAAAACUGAGACUGAGCCAGGAGCCAGCCCCCUCCCCUACCUAACCCCACCCCCACCGCCACCCCGCCAUCUUCCCCACCCCAAAAAUCAAACAGUUAUGCCCACAACAACAGAUCACAAUCUCCCAAUAUCUAUACACUAUGGCACAGUACCCCAGCACAACAGACAUAAGCAAGAAACUGCAACACCCAGCAGAGCGUAGUGAUAUAAAUGAGAAACUACAACACCCAGCAGAGCUUUCUGAUAUAAACGAGAAACUGCAACACCCAGCAAAGCUGAAUGAUACACAGGUUGAGCAUUUACAUAUAGUACAGCAUUUACAACAGUCACCUCCAUUCACAAUAAAGGGAAACCUCGAUUUUGGUGAUCAAAAGAUCAUUUAUUCUGCAUUAACGUGAAAUGAGUUUUGAACACAAGACACUUUGGUUAGGAGACAUUUAAAAGGAAACAAAUCAAACCACUGACCUCACAAAAUAACUUGACUGCCAAGCUGUGGGUUUCAUUGCAGGGACAUGCUGCUGCCAGAGGUCAGCAUACUCAACCACACAGAGCGCUUGUCUGGCUAAAGACGGAUAAUGAUGUAUCUGGGGAUUUCACCUAUGGAAGUGCCUCUUUAUUCCCAUUAUGCAAUGUAUUAAACAUGAAUUCAGGUUCUUUUCAUAUAUAAGCUACACUAUAUGGACAAAAGUAUUCAGACGCCUGACCAUUACAGUGUAAUGA